AUGGACAUAGGCAAGCUGCUUCGUUUCCCUGGCAGCUGCAAGAAGCCAACCCUCGCUCCGGACAAGUCCAGCAAUACUGCCGGAGCUCUGGUCAACGAAUCUCAAUCACAGCGACCAGUCAAAACUCAGAAACAUCGUUCACGACGUCGACCAAAGCCAACUACCCGAAAGACUCCCCAGAGCCUCUUAGCCAACUCAGAUACUGGGUUUGCUCAGUUUCUCCGUGAGCAUACAACCUCUCAGCAUCAAAGGGUAACUGCGGGAGGCCGAAUAGUUCCGAUGUCGAACGAACAAUCUGAACAACGGGAACAUCCUCGUCUAAAUGAUGAACAACCAGAUGUUAUGCCUGCUGCCCGUCCCCAGUGGCGUUUCGGUGACUUUGAUACUGGUGGUGAACCACGAGAAAUUGUGGAAUUGCAGCGCGAAAUUGACGCCCUUCGACGUCGUGGACGAGCAAACGUGGAGUUGACUGCUGGUGACCCGGACAAUAGUAUGCUGGGUGAACCUCAUGAUCCUUCUCCGACUGAUCGAGAGCUCAGUCCCGAAAGCCUGGAAUACCGCAACUUGAGAAGCCUCCUCCGUCAUCCUCGGCCAAGGAUUCCAUAUGCCUGGGAAUGUCCCGGUUUUGAAUUUGCACAGGUUGUGAGGGGUUAUUUCACAACUGACGAUCCAUAUGGUGAGAUAGAGUGGGAAUGGGAGUACAUCCUGCGCCAGGAAAUUGACUUCCAUACCCCACCUGACCAUUUGUCUAUGCAUUUGGACCGUGCAAGCAGCGGGGAGUCGUUUAGUCCCCGUGGGUUCCGAAUGAGCCUGAACUGGGCAGUUCUCCAUUACAGCUUGUCCGUUGAAGGUUUGAUCGAGCUGCGGAUGCACCUCAAUACCCUCUGGGAAGAUUUCAGCUUUCUUCUUAGUCAAAUAACCCAACACAUUGCCUCGGUUGAAGUCCCAGCGUCUGAACUUUAUGAAUUUCGUCGAAUGUACAUUCGACUGAGAGAGGAGGUGAGCCAAUGGAUGUACAGGGCCGGCGAUAUGAUUCGAUACGUCGAUCCCCUGUAUUCUGAUCAAUAUGAUACCGACACCGAGUGGGAAGAAGAGGGGUAUCCCGAACCUGAAAGCAAACCUGAUGACCAUGGUCAGUACCACAAUGAAGAUUUUCAUGGCGAUAGGGAUGCGGGUGCAGGUGCCCAAUGUGUGAAUGAUGAAAGGUGUAAAGAGGACGAUGAACUUCGUGAUCUCUUCAAACAUAGAGCUCGGUCUGCUUCUGACCCUCUCCAGUGCAAUCACCAAAAUAGGCUCAUGAGCGUGGGUGGUCACACCCAAUUUGAUUGUACAUCCAUUCUGCCUGGGCAUGGACGCAAGGUGUCGCAGGCAAACAGCAUGCCUGAAAUGAAUGAAGUCAUUGAGCAAGUGAAGAAGGUGGUUGAGAAAGUCGAGUGCAGCGGUAGCGAGGCUGCCGAUCAUGAAACAAACAUGGACUGCGACGAGGUAAGCGACGUCGAGCCUCAUUAUUCUGAACCAAGUCACAAUUCUCGACUGCGAACGGUAUCAGGUGCCACCACCUACUCGAGCAACCAAAGAAUUCCGGACAUAGAUACCACAGAUACGAGCAGCCGCAUCAUCGCUAGCUCUCCUUUGAACACUAAGCCACAUGCGUCGAACUUAUUCUUACGUGCUUGGAUCGAACACCUGAAGACACCUGCAGUUGACCCGACCAGCCCUUUGCAUGGAGGUGUUCCUCUUGCUGUCAAUAUCCAAGAUACCUUGGAUGUGCUUUACCAUCCUGCAUCUGGUACAUCUUACGUUCGAAGCCUAAAUGAAGCCCCACAGUAUCCUCUCCCAGUCACCACCGGCACAGAGGAGCUCACAAGUAGACGCCAGCGCAUUCAGGGUCUACUUGAUGGGGUACUUUCAUAUGUCCAUGUUCAUCAAAAGGAGAAUUUGGGCUCACAGGUCUUUGGCCCUGAUGAUGUCGUAGACGACAUGCCCCAGAUGCCCACCGAGGGUAUUGUUGCGUCUCGGCAGGCUAGGCAACGCCACGUGAAUAAGAUGUGA